AUGCAAUCGUUCAUAGCCGCAAAGAACAGAUCAUUCCAUGCUAUCCAGCUUUCGUCAAUAUCGUCAUUGUUCAGUGGGCAGUGCCAAGGAGUAUGCAGGAGGAGGUCUUUUAAUUUAUUCCAUUCUGUUUUUUUGAAUGAGUAACACUGCCUCUGUCUCUGAGGUCUCGACCUAUCUUCAUGUGGCGCACAUUACAAUUUAUUUCAAAUGUAAUUUGAUUGUGAUGAGAAAACGGUUCACCCACGCGAAGUCUUGCACGAAUAGUCUGCAUGUUGUUGUUGUCAAAACGAGAUAUAAGAUAUUUUGAUCUCUUUUGGGUUGGCUCACCAUUUUGGUAAAGAAAUUAUCAUGUAUAAUCUCUAUUAGAAGAUUGUGCAACGGAGCGUCUCUUAGACUUAUUUAUCUAUCAUUUGUUAAAGCCACCUGCAAGUAUGAUGUCUGCAGAAAAAACCUCGCUAUAAGUACUCUCUGUAAAUCUUUUAAAGGCUCUAAAUCACCACUGGGUGGUCUAUAAAAAACACGAAUAGUUAAUUUCUUAUCUUGCUUUAAUUUAGAAUUAUAUCCACGAUAUAAUUCUAUAUUGGUCACCUUUUAGAGUUAUAUCCACGAUAUAAUUCGAUAUCCAUAUAUCUAUCAGCUCAUAUUCGAUUCGAGUUCGUAGAAUAACUGUUAAAAAGCCCCUGAAAAACUAUGAGAGAGGGGAAUAUCAGAGGGAAUUAUAAGAAUCUCAUCUACUUAAUCGUUUAUUCAGUUAAUUUAUUCAGAUCAGUGGUUUACCCAGAAAACGAAAGCGGAACUAAAGCGUUCAUCACCGGUAUAGAAUUCCUAAGACGACAUCUAUUGACAACAUCAUAUUAAGGUACGUUACGUGUUUUAACGUUCUUAGAUAUUUGCUGUAUAAGUUUAAAGUUUAUAUUAUGUAGUGGAGAUUUACGCUAUCAAAUGGUCUAACCGAUGACACGACUUUGCGGCAAAACGGAGGAUAUUUGAGGCUGAGAGCCUGACACUGAUAGGCAACGAGUUUCUUCUUGCUUCCGUGCUUCGUCAUGACAACGAGGUCUGGCAAAAUCUACAUCUUAUAUAAAACAGGCCGUACUUUUCUUGAUGUCGUUUAGGCAAAUUGAAACGAGAACAGAGUGUAGUGCAUCUACAUUAUAUGAUGUGUAUAUAUCGUAAGGAAACGAAAUCUCUUUUUGAAAAUAGAAUUUCAUUUAUAGUCCUCGUCAAAUCACCAUGAAUAUGUUCGGACAUAUCCGAUUUGUCCGGACAUAUCCACAGUUGGAAAAAUAGUAUUGUGCCUUCACACAAUGUUUUGUAUUAAAUUUCAAGUAUUGUUGAAAGGUUUUAGCUUUUUUCCUUGUUGAAAUACAGCUGUUUAGUACUCGAAAACAGAUGUCUUUUAAGCGGCGUAUUUCCCACUCCAUACCUACAUGGCGGCCUUCAAUUUGGCUUCAGUGAUGGCGGCCCAGUCCUUUUCUAGUCCUUUCUGGCCUGUUAAUUUGUUCAUCUGUUUAUUGGUAUUCUAAUAUCUGUCACGUCAUUGUGUAAGUUAUUGUUAUGCUUAUGUAUGUUGUGGAACCCCGUUAUUCGAGAUUUAUCUCUGUCUGGUCAUUCCAGCCAUUGUGUGUAAUUUAUAGCUUGUUUACAUCUUUAAUAAUGGCAAACUUGUGAAAUGAAAUGAAAUUAAACAAGACGCUCUGCGGAGCGUGAACUCGCUGGGGAUAUACAAAUACGCACAUUACUGUACAAUGUACAUGAUGCAUACUCUUUCAAUUGAGAUUCAAGGUUUUCCCCGAGCUAAGCGGAAAAGUCGAAUACGAGCGCGAAAGGCUGUUUAUAAACACAGUACUAAAAUGCGCUGCUUUGCCAAUAAAACUAAACUUCCGGCGUUCCAUCACGCUAUAAAAUUAUACAUUCUUCUGUCGGCCGCCAGUUGGUCCGUACGCAAGGAUUAAUAACUGGCUGCGCUUUAAAACGUUCAAAAUAAAAUAUUUUGGGGCUAAUUUUGGGCUCAAAAUACUAUCAAAAUGAAGAGAGAAGUGAGACGAAUCCACUGGUAUACCGCCGAAAAAGAGAAAACCAAUGAUACCAAAGUUAUCAAGGAUCAAACGUACUGCAUUUUUUUAUAAUUAGUUUAAUAAUAUUGAGCGAUUGGCAACAUUAAUACAAUUUCGCUUGGCUUUCAAAGACAAAGGCCAUAAAUCGCUAGAACACUGUUGUUUAGUAAUAUAUUUGACAUCCGUAAUUAGUACAAUUUCUAACGCUGAAUCGAACGGUGGUAUUUUUAUCCUUAUUGCGCCAUUACAAAUACAAGGACAAACCUGUGGACAAACAGGAGUGAUUUGUGAUCAACAAUAAGUACUGCGAGCGAUUUUUCAACAAUACAAUUUCGCUUCAUUUUCAAAGGCCAUAAAUCGCUACAAUACGGGUGUUUAGUAAUACACUUGACAUCCGUAAGUACAAUUUCUUACGCUGAAUCGAACGGUGUCGCUUUCUUCUCAAAAUAUAAAGCAGCACAGUCAAACGUAUAAACUUUUAUAAACUUGCGAUUUGCGAAGGUUGCUGUUUCAAUGCAAAAUUCCUUGUAAAAUUGUUCAAUUUUCCCGAAUUUUCCUCAAAAUGGAGGGCUAUUUAUGGAUAAUUUGGGUAAAAUCGGCAGGAGCCUUAUGGAUAAUUGGGGGAAAAUUAGGCAGCUCAUUAAUAUUCUAUUUUGUGGCUAUCGACAAUUGGAGAAAAAUGCAUGCCGAAACCUAUACUCGUCUGAGGCACAGAUUGCCCCAGCAAGUAAUAAAUGCACCAGAGCCUGGAAUCUACUUUAAUAUACCAAAUUUUCCUCGACAUUCGUUCGAACUUCGAUUUACCACAAAAACUACCGUGUUUUAGGACGAAAAUUGAAGUCGAUAAUAAAAAAGUGUAAUCGAUUUUUGACUGUAUCGUUCAAAGCAAUUGAACUUUCUGAUCAUGUUUAAAUUCUCACAGUCACAUGGUACAGACAUAGUAUGUGAAUUUCUCACGCGUGAUGAAUAUCUCAUUUCAUAUUCACCGCAUCGGAUGUGAUACACGUUGAAAGUGGUGACCAUGAUUGCCACUGGUGAUCCUGGCGGUUUACGAAAUGGAUAAUUGCGGCGCCGAGGCCUUAGGUUGAUGCUGUUUUCUAAAUUGCUGCCCUGAUUGGCCACUACAAAAAUAAAAUUUUUCGUGGCAGGCAUAAAUGAUUCGCAAAAAAAUCAGAGAGCCAUAGAACUAUGGCCGCAGAACCCUGUUCGUCUUCAGGAUACAAAAUAGCGCUCAAUUCAGAUAUCUCUCACUUUGGUAGAAAAAUAUCGAUCAAAUUCCCGAGGUAGCUAUGAGGAAACAAAUGCCCCACAUAUGCCCGACUUCCACCCUCUCUCACCCUGGCGCUAAACACUGAUAGAUGCAUUAUUCAAGUUUGUAUUGUUCCUCCAGCAAACACGCACCAUAGCUUAAAGCUGGAUUGUUUAUUCUGUGACUGCAUAUGAACGUCCAAUAUGAAACGAUGAAUACCAGUCAUGAAACCGAUAAAACAUUUGGUAAAUUUUAGCGCUAUCCGGCCGUCACCCAACAGGCCCUAGAACGUUUAGGGCCAAUUCUUGUGAUACUAACUUCUUGCUAAUAAUGGCAUUCUAGAUUAUUCUGCAAAUUUAAUUUGCAGAAUAAUCUAGAAUGCCAUUAUUAACAAGAAAUUAGUAUCGCAAGAAUUGGCCCUAAACGUUCUAGGGCCGGUUGGACGACGGCCGGAUACCGCUAUCCACCGGAUAGUGAUUCAGCUUUCCUGGAAAUACUUAAAAUGCUAUCAUGCUACCGAUAUCUAAAGUCUAAUCUGUAUUAUACCAAUCAACAGACAUCGUAUUUCAAUACAUCAAAAUCAUCCUACCUUGUAUUCGUCCCGGACAUUUGGUAUCAUGUAAUCCAACUCUAAAAGUCAGUGGGAAACGUUUUGUUAGCUAGGUAAUUCGUUUAACACGGAACCAAGGACAACACGUCGCCCCCAACCUAUAUGAACAGCUUUUGUCAUUUGGUUAUUAUAAGGGAAGCCUCACAUAUCGAUUUUUUCCACGAGAAACGUCAUAUGUUCGUUUGGGGGUGGGGGUGGGGGGUUGCAGCUGUGACGUUUCUCAGUAAACAUCAUGGAAAAAUUCGAUAGUUUUUUCGAAAGCCUUGACAUUUCGGAAUCAUCUUUGCAGAAUAAAAUAAUUACAUUCGUAAUACCAUACCUGUUCUAUAUACGUAUACAUUUAUAUUAUUACGCCUGGCUUGCAUUGAAAACACUCAAAUAAAAAAAAAUACGCGCUAAAAUUAUCAAUAAUUCAUGCAAAAAAAGUUGUUUUGAGAAACGUUGGAAAUUUUGAUGACAUAUUCCUCACGGAAGCAUCGCCAAUAGCCAACCGUAGCCGUAGUAGAAAAUUACCUUAUCUGUACUAUACUAAAGAACAAAAUAUCGAUAACUAUGUGUGACGUUUCUAAGGGGGGGUGGGGGGGGGUCUUCAGAGAAACGAACAUAUGACGUUUCUCAUGGACAAAAUCGAUAUGUGAGGCUUCCCUAACAACGAAACACAAUAAAAACAAAAGAAUGCAUUUACUAAAAGAGACGCACAAACGCGUUCCACUCCCGUUUAAAAGGUGGCUUGAUAUAUUAGUCCUCACAAAAUCUCUUAUACGAGAAUGGUGAAGACCGAACUUUGCUAUAUAAACAAAUCCACUGACCAUUCAUCACCAUUCAUGUGGAGCUGACGUAGCGAAUUGCUCGCGUCAUCGAGCAGCGCAGGAAUUAUACCAAUCCGUCCCAGUUUAUCUCGCCAUUUUUAAGCAAGUCGACUGACAACGUUGCGAAGAUUACGGUGGAUGCUUCGUUCUGUUGCAUACCUCUUAAAUGUCCCGUUUCGUUUAGUAAUCUUGCUCUUACAUGCACUGAUCUUCAAUUUCAGUUCAGUUCCAACCGUACGUCGUAUUUCUUGUUUGGCCGUUGUUCUUCCUGCUUCCAUCGAAUUCCUACAAGCAAGGCUUUCUUCAGUUCGUUUAAUACAACAGUAUUAAGAAUGGAUUUACAACAAAACAUGGGGCAAUCUCCGUCGCAUGGACUUUCCACCUGCUGGGAAAGACCCUGCUAUCGGCUGGUCACGUGUCUCCCAGAAUCUGGGAGAUAACAAAAAAAAUCAAUUAGGGUGGGUACCUAAGUACGUUUUGUUAUUGAGCAAGGAGUGAGCGAAGAAAUAACCCAGAAAUCAUGCAGGAAAUAUUUACAAAAUUGUAUAUUUUAUUUGUUAUGAAUACUAUCAAUGUUACACUAUAGUAAAUAUCAAAUUUCAUUGCGCCUGGAAUGUCGGUGAGCAAAGGUAGAUCAUAUUUCAAUAGACAAAUUAUCAAUUAUGCCGAUACAGCUCGUCGAAGAAAUCAACACGUCGCAAAAGUCACAAGAAAAUAUAUUUCUACACCGGUACCGACCGAUGUGACUGUUAUUUAGCUGUUGAUAUCUAUCCUAGAGGAUUUAUUAAUACUGAGAUGUGUAACGAAAUAUAGAGAUCUUUUGAUUAAAAUAAUUGAAAAUAAUUUUGUAAAUGUUAACCUAGCUAAUGUAAACCACAUUCUUAGGUGUCAUGAGAAACUAACAAGCUAAUAUUUCCUUAUUAUAUUGUAUAGAAACGUGUGUGACAAUCACUGUCAUAGCAAUUUAACAUAA